AUGUCUCAAAGUCUCUUUUCUUCGUCGCUGCUGCGCAGUGUCGCCAAUGCCGUCCCUUCGGCGUGCCGCUGGAGUUCGACGGCGGCGAUGAGCGCCUUUACCUCCCAGCGAGCCUCCGCUCCUCACCAACAGACUCCCCGAACCCCGAACCGGCGCCGGUUACCGAACCGCCUGCGAUUCCUCGAGGACCAGAAAGCCCAGGGUGAAAGUCGAGCCCUGGAAAAGUUCCAGACCCGCGAUUGGAAAGCCGGUGACGUUUAUGCCCCUCAUGAUCUGAGCCCGGCCGAGAUGAAGAAAUGGGGCAAGCGCAAGAGCCCUUCGCGCGAUGCCUUUGACGCCCUGAACCUCAACCCAUUGGACCUCUACAAGAACUUCUCUAUCAUGUCCGAAUACGUGUCCCCUCUUGGCCGCAUCAAGCACCGUGACCAAACCGGUCUUCGGCCCGUCAACCAGCGCAAGAUCGCCAAGGCUAUCCGUCGAGCCAUGGGCCUCGGCCUCAUGCCCUCUGUCCACCGGCAUCCCGAGAUUCUGGCGGCUGAAAUGAAGGCGAAGAUGGACGGGGGUUUCCGGUAG